UAAUUUUAAUAUUAAUCUACUGUUAUUUAUUAUUAUCAAUAAUAAUAAUUAUUAUUAUUAGACAUCGAUUUGAUUCAUGUGGCGUGUGUUUGGUGAAUUCAAAUGUGCCGGCUCUUUUGUGGUCUUUAACUGCUUCAGUUGAUAUCUGUAAACAGGACAUCUGAAGAACCAGAAUGGCUGAAAUAGGAUCUGAUGCAGAAAUGCACAUCGAUAAUGAGGAUAAUGAUGUAGAAAGUGAUAAAGUAAAUGGUGCUUUUAAUGGCUCUGCAGAACUUAUGGACACUAGUGAAUGUGCGUCACCAACUACUUCUGUUGAUAAAAACUUAGAAGAAAAUUGUGAGGAUGAAGAAAGUAAUAGUCAAGAUAAUCUAAAUAAUGAGCACAUAGAUUUCAAUCCUAAUGAAAAUAGUAAUAAGAGCUUUGAUGAUAAGGACGACAGCAAAUCUUGUGAUAAUGAUGAGAAUGAUGCAAGCAUGUCAAGACCUGAUUCUGUAGUAAGCGAGAAUUUAUCUAGAAAUCACAAUACAGAUAGUCAAGCUAGCAACCAUAGCAUCAGCAGUAAUGGUUCUUCACAGCAAGAAUUUAGUAAUGGCAAAAAUAAAGAAAAUAGCAAUGAUACUCAAAGUUCUACUUCAGCUAAACAGGAAGAUGGAAUAUUGAUACCAUCCGACAGUGAAGAUGAAGUUGAAGCCUUGGAUGAAGACACCGAAGAAGAAGAGGAUAUGGUGUCAAAUGGAGUGAGCGUUGAUGAACCCAUGAGCAUCCAUUCAGACAGUGAAGAUGAAUGUGUUACUGAGGCUGAACCCAAUAAAACUGAUGAUAACAAACAACUUAAUGGAAACAAAGAUUCUACAGAUGUUCAUGAAAUUGAAAGUGAUAAGGAAGACUGUGUCAUAAAUCUGGAUACUCCUGAAAAAGAAGUUAAGGAGAAACCUGCAGAGACUACUCCUAGACGUAGCAGUCGUAAUAUAACUCGCAAAAAGUACUCUGAAGAUUUUGAACAAGACUUAGAUUUUCAUAAAAAUGUAGAAAGUGACUUAGAGGAAGUUGCUGUGGCUGAUCCUUUGGGGGAUUCAUCAUCAAAUAGAUCUUCAAAGCAAAAAAAUAAAUCAGUACCUAUUGUUGUUAAAGACACCAAACGUUUAGUUGAAAUUACAACAAAGAAUAUGACUCCUAACAGUACGGCUAAUAACAAAUCUGGAAAGAAAUCUCCUACUUUAGUGAUAAUUGAUACAAAUUCCAUUUUAUCAGGACGAGGUCCUGUGCCUAUGGGAACUACAAAACAAUCAUUUUCAGUGAUGCCAGUAGCUGUUCCUGCACAAGGAAUGUAUCCAGCAAAUAUUCGAGGGGCAACUAUCACCCCAGUAAAUAACACAACAGUGCAGAAAGUGAAUCAAACAGUGGCGCCAGUGGCAUCUGUACCUAGCUUAGUUUUACCAAAUCUUACAGAUGACAUGUUUGUUGUAGAAGCUCCUAGUUUUAUUGUACCCUAUGUUUAUGAGAAACCACCAACAGAACCUUUCCGAGAGUUUGUUGAUAAAAUGGGAAAAGAAGUUGAAGAGGCCAGAAAAUUAGAAGAAGAACAAGAGAAACUAAAUGAGACAAAGGAGGAAAAAGAAAAAGAAAAUGAUGAACAGAAUAAUGAUGAAAAUAAAGAACCUGAAAUCAAAAAAAAAUCUAAAAAGAAGCGACGGAAAGAGGGUGAUGAUGAUGAAUCUUGGGAUGAAAAUGAUACUUCAGAUACAGAAGAUGAAGAUGAUGUAGAUGGAGAAAAAGUUCAAAAAGAAGUUUUAGUUAAAGACAUUAAAGAAGAUUCUUUAGAAGCUAUUAAGAAGCAUAUUAUAACACCAGAUAGUGUAACAACCGUCAAACCUGUCGAUAAAAAAAGUGAUAGUUAUUUUGAUAACCCUAUUGGUAAAUUUUUCAUGAACAUAGGAAUAAAUUUAGUACAAGAAUAUGUUCAAACAGACUUGCUCAAGCAGCAGAAACGAAAAAGGGAUCGAGAAAACAAAACAUCAACUAAUAGUACUGCUACACAAAUGGCAAUAAAUUCAUUAAUUAAAAAUCUUGAGUUCAGUAAAGAAAACAAUGAACCUUAUCACUUUGAACAGAAACGUUGUGAGAUAUGUAAUUUUAAAACUGAGUCUUCAUUGGCACUUGCACAUCAUAUGGAAACUCCACACAUGCGAAACUAUUUCUAUCGUUGUAAUUUCUGUCCAUUUGAGAUUCGAAGUCCUCAUGAUAUCCUAAUUCACAUGGAAGUUGAACACAAAACUAAAGGACGCCUAGAACGGGCAGCCUCAUAUCACCAAUGUCCAAAUUGUCCAUUUGAAGAUAAUGGUAAGGCAAAAUUAGCCAGGCAUCAACUGGCUUGUGCAAAGAAAUUCAAACCUGAGGUCAAUCUUGGACCACCUUUGGACUGGGAGCCUCCAGCCAAAAUCCCAAGGACUUCAAGACCUAAACAAUCAUUAACUAUGCCUGGGAAUACUGUUAUAUUGAAAAUGAACGAUAUCGCUCCACCGAUAUCUACUGUAGGUUUACUAGAAUUAGCUCAUCGCGAGUAUCAAGCAAGUGAUUAUGACAACGCAGAAAGACAUUGCAUGCAAUUAUGGAGACAGGAGAAUGGUAACACAGGAGUGCUUCUGUUGUUAUCCUCAAUACAUUUUCAGUGCAGACGACUUGAUAAAUCAGCUCACUUCUCAUCAUUGGCUAUCAAGCAGAAUCCAUUGUUAGCGGAGGCUUAUAGCAAUUUGGGAAAUGUGUACAAAGAACGUGGACAGCUUCAAGAAGCCUUGGAGAACUACAGACACGCAGUGAGACUAAAACCUGAUUUCAUCGAUGGCUACAUAAAUUUAGCAGCUGCAUUAGUUGCAGCAGGAGAUAUGGAGCAAGCUGUUCAAGCCUAUGUUACAGCUUUGCAGUAUAACCCUGACUUGUACUGUGUUCGAAGUGAUUUGGGUAAUUUAUUGAAAGCCCUAGGAAGAUUAGACGAGGCCAAGGCCUGCUAUUUGAAAGCCAUAGAGACCAGGCAUGAUUUUGCUGUCGCCUGGAGCAAUUUGGGAUGUGUCUUCAAUGCUCAGAGUGAAAUUUGGUUGGCCAUUCAUCAUUUUGAAAAAGCUGUGGCUCUUGAUCCCAAUUUUUUGGAUGCUUACAUCAAUUUGGGAAAUGUGUUGAAGGAGGCUAGGAUUUUUGAUAGAGCUGUAGCAGCCUAUUUGCGAGCCCUGAAUUUAUCCCCAAACAAUGCAGUGGUGCAUGGAAAUCUGGCAUGUGUUUAUUAUGAGCAGGGGCUCAUUGAUUUGGCUAUUGAUACUUAUCGGAGGGCUAUCGAACUGCAACCAAACUUUCCUGAUGCCUAUUGCAAUUUGGCUAAUGCACUCAAGGAAAAAGGACAGGUUGCUGAUGCUGAAGAAUGCUACAAUACGGCACUGCGCUUAUGCCCAUCGCAUGCUGAUUCUUUGAACAAUCUGGCUAAUAUAAAGCGCGAACAAGGUUAUAUUGAAGAAGCAACUCGGUUGUAUCUCAAAGCCUUAGAAGUUUUUCCAGAAUUUGCAGCAGCCCAUUCAAAUUUGGCUUCAGUUUUGCAACAGCAAGGCAAAUUAAAUGAAGCUCUAAUGCAUUAUAAAGAAGCUAUUCGUAUACAGCCCACAUUUGCGGACGCUUAUUCGAAUAUGGGUAACACUUUGAAAGAAAUGCAAGAUGUAUCAGGAGCCUUGCAGUGUUAUACCCGAGCAAUACAGAUCAAUCCAGCAUUUGCUGAUGCUCAUAGUAACUUAGCUAGCAUCCAUAAAGACUCUGGUAACAUUCCUGAAGCUAUUCAGAGUUAUAGAACUGCUUUGAAGCUGAAGCCUGAUUUUCCUGAUGCUUACUGCAACUUGGCACAUUGUUUACAAAUAGUUUGCGAUUGGACUGAUUAUGAGGCUCGCAUGAAAAAACUAGUGAGCAUUGUAGCUGAACAAUUGGAUAAAAAUCGUUUACCCUCAGUCCAUCCUCAUCAUUCCAUGCUUUAUCCUUUAUCUCAUGAAUUCCGUAAGGCUAUAGCUGCAAGGCAUGCCAAUUUGUGUUUGGAAAAAAUUCAUGUUUUGCAUAAACCUCCUUAUAAGUACCCUAUGGAGUUAAGGGGCCGUUUGAAAAUUGGUUAUGUCAGCAGUGAUUUUGGUAACCAUCCCACGUCUCAUCUGAUGCAAUCUGUUCCCGGUCUACAUGAUAAAACCAAGGUUGAAGUAUUCUGUUAUGCUUUAAGCCCAGACGAUGGAACUACAUUCCGGGCUAAGAUUGCCAGAGAGGCUGAACAUUUCAUCGAUCUGUCACAAGUCAUGUGCAAUGGGAAGGCUGCUGACAGGAUCAAUGCUGAUGGAAUUCAUGUUCUGGUUAAUAUGAAUGGUUACACCAAAGGAGCUAGAAAUGAAAUUUUUGCUUUAAGACCAGCAGCAAUACAGGUUAUGUGGCUGGGUUACCCUGGCACAAGUGGUGCAAGUUUUAUGGAUUACUUAAUCACUGAUGCAGUUACGUCCCCCCUCGAGUUAGCUGAUCAGUAUAGUGAAAAGUUAGCCUACAUGCCGUACACUUAUUUUGUUGGUGAUCAUAAACAAAUGUUCCCUCAUCUGCAAGAACGUUUGAUUGUCAGUGACAAGAACCAUGGAUCAAAUUCUGUUGCUGAUAAUGUUGCAGUUAUAAAUGCUACUGAUCUAUCACCACUGGUUGAAAAUACUGAUGUGAAGGAAAUUAGGGAAGUAAUUCAGGCUGCCAAGCCUGUUGAAAUAUCUUUAAAAGUGGCAGAGUUACCUACAACAACACAUAUAGAAACUAUGAUUGCUUCCGGUCAUGUUCAAACAUCAGUCAAUGGUGUGGUCGUUCAGAAUGGCUUAGCAACUACACAAACUAACAACAAAGCAGCAACCGGGGAAGAAGUUCCGCAAUCCAUUGUUAUUACUACCAGACAACAGUAUGGAUUACCUGAUGAUGCUGUUGUUUACUGCAAUUUCAAUCAGUUGUACAAAAUUGAUCCAGCUACUUUACAUAUGUGGGUAAAUGUUUUGAAAAAAGUUCCAAAUGCAAUUUUGUGGUUAUUGCGUUUCCCAGCAGUUGGAGAACCUAAUCUUUUGGCACAAGCAAACCAAUUAGGACUUCCUCCUGGUAGAAUAAUAUUUUCAAAUGUGGCUGCUAAAGAAGAGCAUGUGAGACGUGGUCAACUCGCAGAUGUAUGUUUGGAUACUCCGCUUUGUAAUGGCCAUACCACUUCAAUGGAUGUUUUGUGGACUGGUACACCUGUAGUAACGCUUCCGGGAGAAACAUUAGCUUCUAGAGUAGCUGCUUCGCAACUUGCAACUUUGGGUUGUCCAGAAUUAAUUGCCAGGACUAGGCAGGACUAUCAAGAUAUAGCAAUUAAAUUAGGCACUGACAGAGAAUAUUUGAGAGCUAUGCGUGCAAAAGUGUGGACGGCACGAAUGACGAGCCCUUUGUUUGAUUGUAAAAAGUAUGCGCAAGGUAUGGAAAUGCUAUAUUCUAAAAUGUGGGAAAGACAUGCCAAAGGAGAAAAACCAGACCAUGUGUCUGCUCAAGUUAAAGAUGAAAGUUAAAUUUUAUCACUGUUGGUUUAUGAAAGUUAAACUAAAAGCAUAUUUUAUUAAGUAUGACACAAGCUAUACUCAAUAAUAGAUUGUGUGUAAUUGUAUAUUUUAAAAAGUGCUCUCACUUUAGAAUUAAUUUGAAGAACAAUCAAUUAAAUGCCUCUUCAACUUGUAAUGAUUGUGAUUUGUGAAUUUUGAUCUGUGAUUGCGAAGUAA